AUGGUUAAGACUAGAGGAUUAGGCAGUGCGUUAGGUAGGGUUGGUGUCAGAGGUAUAGGGAGAGGAGGGGAUGGUGAUGAUACUGACGGUGCUCCCCAGCGCCAAUGGCCGACUGCAUCGGCACGCAGGCGACGGGUACCAGUCAUUCUUGACGAUUAUGUGCCUGUGGUACCUACGGACUCGCCUACGGUACCAGAGGCAAAGGCUGUUGUAACUGGGGAUGAGCCCAUGGUAGAUGCUGCCGCACAAGACACCGGUGUAGAGACUGACGCACAGAAUAUCGGUGCAGAGACUAACGGGGACGAGCCUGUGGGAUUUCUUGGUGGACCCAGGGACCCAUCAGUGCUUACAGAGUAUGCUGACCAUGUUGCGGGCAGCGUAUGGUCUGGACAGGAACAUCUUGAGUUGAAGUUAUGCUCCCAUGGGAGGAAGGUGCAUAACUUGGGUAGACCUGUUCCUGCAAUUGAAGACAUGAUUGUUGGGACAGGAUUAAGUCCUUUGAUCACGUGUUCAAUAAACACCGGUGAUCAGGGACUUAUAUCCUUCUUUGUGGAGAGGUGGCACCGGGAGACUUCUAGUUUCCAUCUUCCUAUGGAGGAGAUGUCGAUCACACUGGACAAUGCCGCGUCUCUUUUCCAUUUGUCUAUCGUUAGCGCAUUCCAUGACUUCCAGCCUCUGCGCACCGACGAGGCGGUGAUGCUAUUGGUUAAGUUACUGAUGGUCUCAGCAGAGGUAGUCAUGGCCGAGACAGGCCAAUGUGGUGGACCAUAUGUACGCCUGUACUGGACAGCUGCCACUCGCGCUUAUCUUCUACAUCUUUUGGGUUACACUUUUUUUGCUAAUAAGAGUGUAACCCAUGUUCAUGUCUCACACUUACUGGCCCUGCGUGACCUUACUCUUGCUGGGCGGUAUGCAUGGGGAGCUGCUGGCCUCGUCCAUAUGUACGAUUAG